AUUUUACACAGCCAGCCGUACGUGCGUUUUGCACCAUUUAAGCCACAAAAUUCACGUUUAAUUCCUGCCGCCAGUGCUCGGUUUCGUUCGCAGCUUCGCUCGCGAGCAAGACAAGUCAAAGGGUAGAGCCCCUACCCAGCACAGAGUGCAGCCUCUGCAAAGAGCAUCGCAAUGGAGUUCAGCGGCAAGGGAGGCCUAAUCCGCGAGUGGCGGCGCCGGGACUCCUUCGAGGAGACGGAUUCCAGUGAUGGUGAUGUGGAUCCUCUUGAACAAACCACAAAUCCGCGCGACCUCGCCGCGGCCGUCGCCGCGUCGCGCGUCCACAACCUGCGGCAAACGACGAACCCCGCGGAGCUGAAAAAGGCCAUCGCUUUGUCUCGUGUGUCCUCGGAAGAAUCCGAGAAAAAACGGAAAGAGUCGUCGGAGAACAUGGCCGAGGCGAUCGCCGAGAGUAGAGCAUAUGAACAAUCACGGGAGGACGAGGCCCGCCGCCGGCGCUUCGCCGCCGAGGACGCGGCCUUGGCGGCGGCGCGGGAGUUCUCGGCUCUGAACGCGCGGACGCGCGAGACCAUCGCGGCGAUUUUGGACGGCGACCGCGACUGCGCCACCGCGCUGCGCCGCGCGACCGAGGCCUACGCGGCCGAAAGCACGUUAAUCAGAUCGAAGCAGCGCUUGGCGCCGCCACCGACCUUAUGCCGCCGGUGCCGCGCCUACCACGCGUCGACCGCGGGGUUGUGCUCGAGCUGCGCCGCCGUGCCCGUCGAGGCGCGCUUUAUUGAUGAAGACGACGCGCGCGACCUGUGCGUGCCGAACCUCGUCAAGCAAUUUAGGAGGAUGGGCCGGAACCGCCGCCGCAAGCGCCUGCCGGCCCCUCCGUCGCUCGGCGACCAGCGGAGUGGGAGGGAGCUGCUGGCCGCGCGCCUCGCGAGGCACGGCCGGGCGAUCGUGAACGUGAGCGGCGACGGCGCGUGCCAGUUCCGGGCCGUGUCCGUGGGCCUGUGGGACUCUGAGCGGCACCACGCUUUAGUAAGACGGAAAGCGUUGGAGGUGCUGCGGGCGAACCCCCCUCCAGUUCAUGACUGCCAGGUCUACGUGUCGCAGGGCCUCCAGAUCGGCACGGUGGCCGUGGGCGACGACUUCGACCAGUAUAUAAAUGCCCUGGCCGACGACCGCUCCUGGGGCGACCACAACACGCUCCAGGCGUGCAGCGACGCGUUCCGCGCGCGCGUGCUGCUCGUGACGACGCACGCCGAGAACUACGAGCUCGUCGUCGAGCCGCGCGGCGCGGAGGCGGUCUGCGAGAUCUGGAUCGGUUUUCAUUCGGAGAUGCACUACGUCGCGGCGGCGGCGUUGUAGUUGUGUGCGACGCGUCGACUGGCGUCGUGUGGCUACCAAAGUUCCUUCCUCGCCUCUAGCCUUUUUCCGGGACUGAGUGAAUCCGUUGUGUAAGAAUUGUCAUAC